AUGUCUGAAAUGAACAAACUGUCCGAGCUCUAUGAGGAGAGCAACGACCUGCAGAUGGAUGUGAUGCCUGGCGAGAGCAACCUUCUGCAUAUGGAGGCAGGCGGCGGAAGCCGGAAGCUAUCCCCGAACCCCUCCCACGCCGGGGCCCCGCUGGAGGAAGGCCCAAUGCAGGAGGAGGCGGCCCAGCCAAUGGGGGAGCCACAGAGGCCCCGAGGCCUAGCUUGCCGGCCUAGCCCUGGGGAGCAGCCAGGCGAAAUCGCAGGCACCGAUUUCGAGAGCGAUGACUAUCAGGAAGAGAAGCCUCUCAGUGUUGCAGGCUACAGAGUAUCGGCGGCCCUUGAAGAAGCCAACAAGAUGUUUCUGAGAACCUCCACAGCCAGAGAAGCAGCUCUGGAUGGCGGGUUUCAGAUGCAUAAUGAGAAGACCCCAUUUGAUCAAUUGGUUUUUAUCAAAGAGCUUCUUUCACCUACGGUUGUCAAUCGUCUGACCAAAGAAUUCGGCUGUAGUGAGAUUAUUGAUUGAGAGAGAAUAGUUAAAUGCUGUCAAGAGAGGAGGACACUGUUUGAGGAGAGACUCAGCGUUUCACUGUCUUUUGGGUUCAUUCCAAGUAGUUCCGUGACAAUGAAAAACUUGAUUUUUUUUUUUUUUUUUUUUUUGCAGAGUAGAAUAAGGUAGUGACUGCAUAGUUAAGAAAAAGGAAGAAAAUUGUUAAAGUAUCUUAGUACUGUUGAGUCCUGUUUUGAAGAAUGUCCUGAGACACUUAUGGCUUUGACGUUGUUGUUUAUUCAGAUUAAUUCCUUUGCAUUGGGUAAAAUAUCUUUUAUGUUUCACUGUAAGGAAUGGCUUUGCAAGAAUAAGUUAUGACCAAGACAGACUUCCAGUACAAGAGUCCACUGAUAUUAAUUAUAUGAGAAAAAGUAACUGAUUUAUCCACCUUAGGACAUGAGAUGUCUUUGAGUUAUUUGGACUGAAAGAAUAUUGAGAAAACUUUAAAGAUUCAACUUUGUGAUCUAUCCAAGCUGUGGUUAUCAAAGGGUAAAUUUUUAGUGUAAAAUAAAUCUUCUACUGAGUAUUCUUCAGUAUCCCAAAGGAUAAUAAAGUCCCAAAAGAAGUGUGUGUCAUGUGUGCUUUAUCUUAAAAUGUUUCCAAGAACAACUGAGAUUUUGUUUGUACAUGUAUCUUGAUCAUUUUUAAAGUUACUGUAAUCUUUAAUUCAAGAAAAAUCAUUGCCUUGAACAUUUUUAUAAGUCAAAACUUAAGAUGCCAUUAAUAAGGUUUCAAAUUUAGACAGUAAAAUGUACAUGAAAGUACAAAGAACACAAACUAUUUCAAACAUCAGUAUAUACUAGAGAAUUUUCUGUUUCACUUGCUCUUUUUUUUUUCAUUUAACUUUACAGGCAAAAGACUCUGGUUGAACUUCAUAAUGUAAAAACUGUUAAGUGAAAAUUUUCCA